UCAUUUUUGCCUAAAAUGAUCAUUCGAAGCGUUUUAUUCGUAAUAUUCAGUGAGAUGCUAAAAGUUAUAAAUGGCGAAAAUUGUACAUUGUUUGAAAGAAAUGCUGCUGACAUCGACAAUGAUGUGUUUGAAGAAAUUAAAGAUUAUGCGGACAGUGGAGCGUUCGAAGCGUUGUUCAACAUCACAGCAAUUGAAUCGAUUUAUCAUGAGUUCAAGUCGAUAAAAUACAAUGAAGAUAUAUUCUUGAACAUAACACAGUUAUUACAUAAAUAUGGUUAUUUUGCAGAACAGCAUGAGGUGCAGACUAGUGAUGGCUAUUUACUGAACAUGUUCCGGAUACCAAAUAAGGGUCCUGUCGUGUUUCUUAUGCAUGGAAUUUUUUGUAGUUCUGAUGAUUAUGUGACUCCUGGACCAGACCGUGGGCUAGCCUACCUACUUGCUGAUGCAGGUUAUGACGUAUGGAUGGGAAACGCUCGUGGCACAAUACAUUCUAGAAAUCACAUUAGUUUGUCUCCAUCUUGCGCCGAGUUCUGGGAUUUCACCUGGGAUGAGAUUGGACGCUAUGAUCUGCCGAUUAUGAUUGAUUAUGCCUUGAAUGCAACUAAUCAGGAACAACUAAUAUAUAUUGGACAUUCCCAAGGCACGACAACAUUUUUCGUUUUAUGUUCGGAAAGACCAGAAUACAAUGAUAAAAUUAGACUAAUGGUAGCUCUAUCAGCGGUGUCAUUUUUGUCUCAUACUAAAAGUCUGUUUUUUCAAAUUGUAAGUCCUAUAAACUCACUAUUUUGGGAUGCGACAAAAGCAAUGAAUAUAUAUGAAUUUAUGCCAAGAAACGCAUUAAUGGAAUUCUUAACAAGCACCUUCUGCGGGACUCCAGCAACGGCUACAAUAGUGUGUGACAAUGAAGUCUUUUUUUUUGCUGGUCCAGAUUUUACUCAGAUUAAUUCUACUGCUUUGCCUGUAUUAUUUGGUCAUGCGCCUGCUGGUAUAGCAACGAAACAAUUAAUACAUUACGUGCAGCUGAUACAAUCAGCAAAAUUUGGACAAUUUGAUCAUGGCUGGAGAAAUAUAGAGAAAUACGGAUCUACGAUACCUCCGGAUUAUCCUGUUGAAAAAAUAACCUCACCCGUGGCUGUAUUCUAUAGCCGUAAUGAUUGGUUUGGUGAUAUUGAAGAUGUCGAAAUACUUAUAAAGAGACUACCGAAUUUAUUUAAAUUUGUAACAGUGCAAUAUGAAAGUUUUUCUCAUAUGGACUAUAUAUGGGCUAGGGAUGUAAAAGAAUUAUUAUACGUAGAUGUUCUAAAUGUAAUCGAAGAGUGUCUAAAUAGUUAA